AUGAAGUUCGCCAUCCUCACAUUCAUCGCCGCGACCUUGCUGUCCAGCACAGUGAGCGCGAUGGCGUCGUGUACCGAGUCGAACUGCGGGGAAUACAACAAGUGGAGUAGUUGCUACAAAUGGUGUAAAAACACAAACAACCUCAAGCGGAACAACUUGCUGGGGAAGUUGAACCCCAUUCGUCGGCGGGCCGAAGAUGAUGCCGCCUUGGUCGAAUACGCCGUCCGAUUCGGCUUUUGA